AUGACCGUACCCUAUCGAUCAAGGGAUUACCCACAUGACUACCGACCAUGUUGGUACCCCUGCCAGACCAAAACAGCUGUUGGCGCGCUAAAGGAAACUAUCGAUUCCGACAUGCAACAGACAAUCAAAAUGGGCACUCAAAAUGUGGUGAAGUUUUGGUCAUCGAUCCUAGGUGAGAGUGUUUUCGUGGAUCAGUUGGAGUCCGUUAUGGAUAUUGAAGACAGUGAUGUGCGGACAUUCAAGCUCCUGUGCAAAACGCUCUUUCUGCUGGUGAUGGAAAUCAAAAAUGAACGGGAUGAAAUCAAGAGCACAGGAACAAGCAGCAACAGUGUGUGCAGGCUGUGUCAGGACAAGUUAUCAGGGAAGAACGACGAAGUAGAAAGGGAGGAAGAGUCCAUAGACCACAAGAAAGCAGAUGAGAAAUCCAUCAAGGUGAGGAAAGGCUACAGGAGUCUCACAAGGCCAUCACCACUGAAGAUGAUCUUUGGCUCAAGAAAGGGGAAUGAGGAAAAGAGAAGAAUGGAUGGUGGGUUAGAAGAGGAUUCACCGACUAGUCCUGAAGUUGUUGUGCCUGAGACAAUGUCACUUGAUGAACACCCUCUCCAUGUAAACGUAGAGAAGAGGAAGAUGCUGAUGAAUCAUGUUGUAAUGGUCCCAGAAACUCUACCUUUGAACUUUACACAGAGGCACGAAGAUGAUACAUACAACAACGAGGACUUUUUUGAUGCCACUGGUACAUGCAAAGAAAACAUUUCUCCUGAAAAUCAGAGAAAAGAUCAGUUGGAGGAAGAUAUUGACAUUGGAUCAGAGACUCCUGUAAAGGGCACCUCCAACACCCCAGAAUCAGAGGGAGAGCAAAGUCCUGUCCUGGGAAAGCAAAAUAAAGCUCCAGCCCAAAGGGCAAAAGCUCCGACUGACCAGACAGAUAUAUCCAAGAAACUGGACUUUGAAGACCCACCCAAAGUGGUGCGGCCGCCAACAGAGCCAGAAUCUAGCAUUAAAAAUAAGACUGAAGUGGAGAAUGCAUCCACACCAAGAUACUCCCCUCUUGUCUUUACUAAAACACCCUCAUUCAUGCAAGACGACAGUGACGUUACAUCCCCCUCUCUGUUACCUGGAGCGACAAACAAGAACUCCCAGAGCGAAAGGCUGCAAGAUAAGGGCUCUCCACUCAUGGCCAUCCUCUCCAAGAACACACACAGCCCAACCACAUCCAAAGCAAAGAGAUCGCUGCAGAAGUCGGCAUCGAGCUUCAACUUAUCUCCUCCAAAGGAAAAGUUGAGGAGGCUGCAGAGGCACCACACUACUGAUAAGCAGCUGAAAACAAUAUAUGAGAUGGUUCUUGAACCCCCAGGACCCAAAAACAAGAAGAUAUAUAAACAGACAAAAAUCUCAGCAGAGGUCUUUCAGCAGAAGAAUAAAGCACCUGGGGCCAACGGAGAUGGGGAGGAAGAUGACGAGAGCCUUAUCGCUGCAAUGAAGGAGUCGUUGAGAAGCAAAGCCAUCGAAGACAUGAUGAGGAAGAAGGAGAAGGCUCUUCAGGCCUUGGGGGAUCAUCUGGAAGAUGAGGAGGAAGAGAGGGAGGAAGCAAGUGUGGCUGGUGUUCUAUCGAUAGAGCAGACAAAUACCACAAAAAAAGGUAACCACAGUCCAGAUAAAGGGAAAGCUAAGAAAAUGAACAGUCCAAUAAAGCUUCCAAAGCUCAGUCCCACAAAACACGUCUUGUCAAGUCCUUCCAAAGUAUUCAAGAGUCCCCCAAAGUUUGAGGGAAAGAGGAGUCUAAAGAGGAGGACACAAGACCAUACUUCCAGCCCAUCAAAGAUCCGAUCCAGCCCCAGAAAGCAUGGCUCACUCACAACAAGAAACACCUCUAUCAGUGUCCCUCAGCCUAGGGAGAGAAAGAGCCCGAGGAAGAGGCAGCCGCAGUCACCCCCCGACAAGAAGAAUCGGAGUCCUGUGAAGAAGAGGAAGGUGGAGGAGAGGAGAGCAGAUGAAUCGGGGAGCAAGGAGGAACAGGUUUUGGGAUUAGAUCAGCUGUUGGAAAAAGUGAACAAGAGUCCUUCUAGUGGUGAGAGCCAGCCGGCAAAAUCUCAGAGCAGUUCUUCUGGUUCAAGGAAAAUCUCAUUGAGAAAGAACAAAAGAGAAUUCUUCGAUAAUAGCUUCGACAUAGUUCCUCAGAAGAAUGAAGAACCCAGCUAUGCCUACCAGGGUGAUGUUGUGAGGAAGAAAGAUGCUCGAAAGCAGUUACAAGGCUGGGGGUGUCGAGAGUGCGAGAAAUGGUAUGAGAACCAAGAUCUUGACCCAGAAGAAAGGAAGAGAUUGAUGAACAAAUGCUCCAGACAUCGCAGCAAGCACAACCCAGUCACCAAUACACCCAAACAUUUCUGGGAUCCUGGGUGGGUUGAUACGGAGGACUCAUCAUUUUAGUGUUUUUUAUAUAAGGUGCACUUGAACUGCAUGUAACAAUGUUGAAUGGAGAUAAAGUUUAUAAACAGAGGUAUUUUUGUACAUUUUUGGAAUAUUUUUGUUAUUAUUUCCUGUUGAAUAAAUAUACUAUAUGUA